AUGAUUCCGAGCAGUCGGUCGUGGCGUCCUAGUUAUGCCACGGCGGGCACUUUGAAGCGCAUGGUGGCUCCGAGCGCUGCAGCUCGAGCACCAAAGCCAAUUUCGCGCAUUGUUGUACCAACACGUCCUCUCCAUGCAGCGCCGGCCCCGCCGCCAACACCUGCCACGUCAGCGGCGGCUCCCGAACACAAGCCGAUGAAAAUCGUCACAGCAUAUGCGUUUGCCGCCAAGCCAAGGGAAAUGCAAGAAGAAGAAGAAGAAGAAUCAAAUGAGUCCUCUGCUGCGGCUCAAGAGGACUUGCCAAGGAAACAGCGGAGGUCAGAAUCUCGUGCGCCACUGCGUGGUGGCAUCAUUGCGAAUAGCGAACUGGAGCGAUGGCGGAAGAAAAUGCUGAAAGGCGGCGAUGCAGGUGAGGAUGCAUUAUUUGUGACAAAAUCAGCGGAUCAAUCGACCGUGCUUUUGGGUGUAGCCGAUGGAGUCGGUGGCUGGAGUGACUCAGGCAUUGAUCCUGCACAUUAUUCAAAUGCACUGCUGUACUCUGCGAUGAAAUAUGCCGAAUCACACCCGACAUUUCCGCUUCCCAAAGUCAUUCUUGAGCAUGCGUUUGAACAAGUUUCCAAAAAUCCCGACAUUCAGGCGGGUAGCUCAACAGCGUGUCUACUUCGUUUAGAUGCCGUACAAGGCAAAGCUUCAUGCGUGAAUCUGGGAGACUCCGGAUACCUGCAUUUGCGCCCAGAUCCUAAAAGCCCUGAAGGUCGCAUGCAAGUGGUUAACAGUUCUGUACCUCAACUGUAUGGAUUCAACUGUCCAUAUCAGCUGGCCAAGGUUCCAGCGAGUAUGGCGCAGCCGGGCUCAUUGACGAACUAUCCUGACGAUGCUGCUGUGCAGGAGUUUGAUCUUCAACGUGGUGAUAUGGUGCUUGUGAUGACAGAUGGGUUCUUGGACAAUGUGCAUUGCAAGUUACCACCGCGAGAUGCACUGACGCCCGAUGCACCGCGGCGACCAGAGUUGCUACAGCUGGUGGAUAUGCUACAAGACAAGCAUCGUGAGCACUGGUCCGCUUGCAAGAAGCAGGGUGCAACGCUGGCGGACGAAAAGCAAGACUUUGCCAAUGUGAUGGCCUCGACAUUGAUGCAGUAUGCUCGUUUGUGCCAAAUGACAGAAGAAAAAGUAAGCCCGUUCCAGCUUGAUGCUGCACGCCAUGGUUUUCAUUAUCCUGGAGGAAAAAUUGAUGACAUUGCGCUGAUAUGCGCUGCUACUGUUUAA